AAUAUUAAUCGCUCCCCCUCCCAUUGCGAUCCUUCCCCGUCUCCCCCCACCUCAACCCUAACCCUAACCCUAGAGGAGCCCUCUUCUUCUUCGUCCUCCUCCCCCUCCUCCGCUCAGCCGCCCCAAACCCUAGUCCUCCGCCUCAAGCGGCCGAAGAAGAAGGUCUCGUGGAAGGAGGGCACCGUCGACAACGAGUUCCUCAACCGCAAGAGCUCCAAGAAGUGCUGCAUCUUCCACAAGGAGCUCCCCUUCGACGACGACUGCAGCGACGACGCGGUCCGAGCCGGUGUUGCCCCCACGGCGGAGGCCACUGAUUCGGACCCUCGUUCUCGCCCUCGCUCUCUCCUCGGAUCAAUUUUUUGCAGAUAAACUUUUGAUUUGGGGAUUACAACCAAAAUUUUCUCUGUACGAUCACGUACCAUCAGAGUGCAAUAUCAGCUACAGAAUCUGCAUUUGUGAUUCAAACUUUUGUAAGAUGCGAGUUACGAAGAACUUUUUUAUAUCACGAUUUCGGCUUCAUGUAGGCUCGAAAAAUAUAUUAUGCUUAUGGGUUGUCAAUGAUGGUGAUGGAUCGGUCCUUUUGAGGCAUCACCACUUUGUAUCUUAGAUUCUGCAUGAUCCUUUGCAUCCAAGAGUAGUGGAUGGAUCACUAUUAACCUUUUUGUUUUUGUUUUUUUUUUUCCUUUUCCCCUAAACUGGGAUUUUAUGUUCUUUUUCUACAUAACAUGGCUUUUUUUUUACAUUUAUGUUCCCAUACCCCCUUUUGUUUUGGCCUUCUAUAAACCUCAGAGAUAUGUAUGAAAACCGCCUGGCGUUUAGAACUUCUCUAAACAGACCUUUGGAGUUCAA